GCGCGCGCUGGAGAGAAACGGGGGGCGAAGGAGGAGGAGGCAACGGGAAAACAGGGGAAUAGCGGUGGUUGGGGGGAGCAUCGCCGAAGCCGAUUUUUGGCAUCCUCAGUGUGUAUAUCGCACUAUUCUUCGCUCUCUCUCUCUCUCGUCUUUAUUAUCUCGCGAGCGGAGGCGUCACUUUCGCUUUGUAGGUCUUAUGUGUGAGUGAGAAUGAGCGACGUCCGGGGCGCGCGCUGCCUUGCUGUGUAAAUCUGCGUCCAUCCGCAUCGCGUGUUAGAUCUGAUGGGAGCCAAAGCGGAUACAGGUACACCAUUAACACACAGACUGCUCUGAUCGCCAACUAAACACAAGCGUCUGGUCUUUUGUCGCAGCGCAGGUUCUACUCAUUUUAUUAUUGUCAUUAUUAUCAUUCUUAUUAUUAUUAAUUGUUUUUGCAAUGUGAUUUCUGUCGAUUGAGCUGCUUCUUUACACGGAUAGCGGAGGAGGAGGAGAAGGAGGAGGAGGGGAACUGGACGGGGAUGUAUUUUUUUGUUCAUUGAUUCACUACUGAAUCACAUUCCUAUCGUAAUUUGUCGAUCGGUUGUGAUGUACGACAACAUCCGAAAUACAACAGACCCUCGUUUAUGACUCGGGGCUUGACUGUAAUUGUGAUCUUAUGUUUUUGUCGUUUGUCUUCGGCUCCCGGAGACGCAUUUUUGAGGGAACCCAGCGGGGCAGAUAGGGGGAGAUAUAGACGUAGGGGAGAACACAUCAGCGGUGGAGGAAAACCCAGAGCACUAAAGAGAGAGAUAAAGAGAGAGCAAAAGAAAAAAAAAAAAAAAAAAAAAAAAAAAACAUACACACAAGGAACAUUAAAUCAUGCUGCCUUCGCAAGAAGCCUCCAAGAUCUAUCACGACAAUUACAUGCGCAACUCGCGGGCCAUUGGCGUGCUGUGGGCCAUCUUUACCAUCUGUUUCGCCAUCAUCAACGUGGUGGUGUUCAUCCAGCCUUACUGGAUAGGCGACAGCGUAAACACCUCCUACGCCGGCUACUUCGGCCUCUUCCACUACUGCAUGGGUGAGGGAAGCUCGAACCGAGAGCUCAACUGCCGGGGCACGUUCUCCGACUUAAGCUCCAUGCCAUCAGGCGCCUUCAAGGCCGCCUUCUUCUUCGUGCUGCUCUCCAUGGUGCUCAUUCUGAGCUGCAUCGCCUGCAUGGCGCUUUUUUUCUUCUGCAACACCGCUACCGUGUACAAGACGUGCGCCUGGAUGCAGCUGCUCUGCGCUGUGUGUCUGGUGUUUGGAUGUAUAAUUUUCCCGGCUGGCUGGGAUGCAGAGGUGGUUCAGGACUUGUGUGGUGAGGAGUCAGGGAAGUACACGUUGGGGAACUGCUCAGUACGCUGGGCCUACAUCCUGGCCAUCAUCGGCAUUCUGGAUGCACUCAUCCUCUCUUUCCUUGCCUUCGUCCUCGGGAAUCGCCAGAGCGACUUCCUUCAAGAUGAAGUCAAGGCUGACAAUAAAGACUUUGCAGUAUCAAGGAUUGAGAUCCGUGACACAAAGGAUCCCCGUUUUGGAGUCCAGCGGUUCCAUUAAAGAGACGCCACCUCCACUUCUUUCUUCUAUUCCUUUUUCAUCCCCCGUUUCCUUCUCUCCUUGUCCUCUCAGGUCUGCGUCUCUGACCUCAGUUAGGAAGCUGCUAGCUCAGCUCUUUGUAAUAUAGGACUGGCCUGGAGCACACUUCAAGAAGAGAACCUAUUCUACAUACAUACAUACAUACACCUGUUUAAAGAGAAUUCAAAAUCAAGACAAAAAUCAAUUAAAAAAAUCAGCUUUACAAAUCCAACAACUCUGGGAAAGUGAUGAACCUUACACAGUAUUGUUAUUCUAUAUUAUUACUAUGAUAAUACAAUGUUACAGUGAUAAUUAUGCUUGCAACAGCAGUAUUAAGUUCAAAUUUACAUAUUUUAUCUAAAAUGGGAAAAAGCAAUUAUUUCUAGCUUUAAAAGUAUACAUUCUAUUAAUGAAUUAAUGCAUAUGUACAAAUGCUUGGGUGCUACUAGAGACACAGAUGAAUAAAAAAAUCAAGCCAAAAAUCAAAUAAAAGAAAAAAAAUAGGCAACAUUUUGUACAGCACAAGAUGUAAUUUUGAAGACCGACUUUUUUUCCUGGAAAAUUUUGAACUCCCUUCUUUGUACACAUGGUCAAGAACCAGAGAUUAGUAUGAGAAAAGAAGUAGUUCAUUUGUAAAUAAUAGAUUUCUAUGGAGACAGGGUACAGACAUAACACAUUUAUUGACCCAAUCUAUAUUUCAGCUCCACCCUGGAGUGGAAAUUUCUCACCAUUUCUUCAUCUCUUGAUCAAAUGGGAACUGUCAGUUCUCAGAGUUUAUAGCUAUCAUGAGGAGGAUAUGUUAAUGUCUGAAGGUUAUACAUUUGUUUUGGCAUGGAACUUUGAAUUCAUAAAGCUUCACUGGUUAUUUAAUCUUAUUUGCCUUUCAUUAUUGUUUUUUUAAUUAGCCUCUGUAGACCAGCAGGGAGGUGAUAAACAAUGACUAGUAAAAGGACAAUUUUCACAUUCUGGUUACAAUCAUUUCAUUAUUUCCUUAACCUUGCUUGUUAUAAUCCUGUUCCAUUUAUUUUUGUUUGUAUGUUUGUUUCGUAAGUUUUGUCUUGAUAAAAAAAGCCCUGCAUGCUGCAUUCUACUCAGGCCCGACAUGUGGAGCACUGAUAAGUUGUAUUUCUCCAUUUCCCAGAACCAAUGAUUCAAGCAUCAGUCAGCUCAUACAAUUGCACAGCACAAAAUAGAUGACCAAGACGGGUCAACAUAUGAGGUCAAGGAGCAUAUGUUUGUCUUGAAGGGGACACAAGCAGACUGAAGAUUCAUCUCAGUGUUUUGCUUCUAAUCUCAAGUUAGGAAAUUACAAGAAAUGUUUUGUGCACUUCAGCAAUGAGCAAAUCCUGUGCUACCAUACAAUCAGUCACAGGUAAAUGAAUCUUUCUAAUUACACAAGCUAAAACUCAGUUCAGGCCAUUGUGGUGUGGAGUUCACUACAUGUUUAACUUUCUUUAAUGUAAAGAGAAUAAACACUUUAAUGUCAGUUUUGCUCUCAGCCAUGCAGCAAUGUGAUUGAAAGACUGAAUUAUUUUCCAUUUUUGAAAAGGUUUGAUGGAUGAGGUGGUGGACAUCAUGGGUAGAAAUGCCAGAACAGCACUUUGCUCUGAGAUUCUUAACUAAGCAUGACAAAUAAUUAUGCCAAAUAUAAAGCUUCUGAUGUUGCAGUAUUGAAUCUGGCCUGUCUUUUACAAAGAUACUGAUUAGGACAUUGAUACCUAAAUCACUGGGGCUGAUUAAAUACACCAUGUAGAUGUUUCUAUUCAAAAUGUGUUUACAAUGCCAUUAACGGUUGCAUUUUUGUUCUCUGGUCAAUGUUGGUUUUUAAAAUAGCUGUAAUUUCAUUGUCUCUUCUCCCCAAAAUAACCUUUGCACAUGUAACACCUUUUGUGCUCCCUGGGCAAAGAAUAUCUUGUACAGAGACUUUUCUUGUGCUCCACAAGAAAGUGUUACCCUUGAUGCUGGAAUAAAUUCUCGGCUCAUACAAAGGACAACACAUACACACACUGCACUAACCUAAAGGGAGGGUCUGGAUAGCACUGUGCAGCUCUGUGGUUGGACACUUUUAGUACAAGAAGAUGAAGAGGGAAAUUCCUCCAUAUGGUGCUUUAUCCCUGUCUCCUUCUCAAUCAGCAUUCUCUCUAUCACCCCAGCCUCAAAAGCCCCACAGCCCUAUGACCAUGGAGGAGGCAGGGGAUGAAGGGGACAGGAAUACAAUCUGUGAAUGUUAAGGAGAGAAGGGAACAGUACAAGCAGGACCAAGCAGAACUUUUCCUCAGUGAAUCCUGCAAAAUAGAAGCAAUGAUCCCCUUGUAGACAUGACAGAGAGCCUCAGAAUCCCUACAUAGCCAUCUUCUCCCCAUUGGCCACACUCCCUCUCUCUCACUGUCAUCCAUGAAGAAGUAUACAUGCAACUGUGUUUCCUUGGUAAUAUAUGAACAAACAUAAUAGUGGUUUUUGAUCGUGUUUCAUUUUCUGCCUUUUAAGUCUAAAUGCUUUUGUUUUUUAAGCAUAUUAUGGGGUCACAAGUGGUUCUGAGGGUCUGGAGAAUCCCUGUACUGCAGUUUAGUGUGUUUCAUGUUACAGUCCACCUGAUUUAAACUCAUAAGGGCAGAUACAUCAGACAAAUAGGCUUCUUUUUAUCGUUUAUGACUGUGUCAUAUCAGAGCAAAACAUUUCUUAUUAAAAAAAAAAGGCAUAUCACUAUUUUGUUAAUGUAUUAACUUUUGAAGCUUUCCAACUAUAUAUGAUUAAGUGGAGCUUUUUUUUGAAAGCAAAAUCACCAUUCUUGCCUGUGGUGGCUGGCUUUAAGAUAGCUGAAGCGUUGAUUCAGGAGCAGUAUUAAACACCAGGCUACAGAACAGAGGUCUCAAAACAGUGUGACCUGAGAACCACUGAAAUAAAAACAGCGUACUGUCCUCAGGAGUUUUUAUUGUAGUGGGAGUGAAUGUUUGGUUUGGAAAGGAAUAAGUUGUAUAUAGAUAUUCAAUUGGAUUAUUUUUAUUUUGCAAGAUUAAAGGUCAUGCUUUAAGCUGCAGCAUUACUGUAUAUGACAAUGAUAUGACACUUUUCAAUCAUGGUAUUAUAUCCUCUUUUCUUGCUCUUGUGAAAAUAAGAGCAAGAAAAGAGGAUAUAAUACUAUGAUUUGAGAAGAACAAGUACAAGUGUGUAAAGGAGUGAGAGCACAGAUGCUCAGUGACGUAGGUUGGCACAAGAUCAAGGUACAAAUCUAAGUAUAAAAAUAUUUAGAUUAAGUUUUGCUGUGUGGUUCUAAAUGUUGAGAAGGGCAGUUUUUACAUCACAACUCCUCCAUUAACUGCUUGUGUUAAUCCAUCAAUUCAACUGUAAAAGAAAAACGUGAACAAAAAUGCAAAGUUGUUUCAUUGUUCAUUGUCUUAUGUCCCAAAUUUGUUGUAAAGUCCAAAAAGUAGUCUGCUAUCAAAACCUGAUUACAAUUGUAAAGCAUGUACAUGCCCCUGUGCUGCUAUUUCCUUUAGUAUGUACUGAACGAUUGGAGCUUUUAUUACUGAACAAUGAUGUUAUCUUCUUUGAGGUAAACAAAUCAUCAUUUCACUUGACCGUUUCCUACCUGAAAUUCAGUGGAAUCUGAAUUUGUUCACACAAUGAUGC